AUGCGGCGGGGCGCUGCGCUGCUCCUGGUGGCCGUCUUCUCCGUCUUCGCCGUAGCGAAGUUGAGCCGGGGUAGUGCUGAUACGCCACCAGCCGAAACAAAUGGUGAUAGCUCUAGUGCACAGUCAGGCCUUGGGAAAUUGGAACAGCAUGAUCAGACAAAUCCUAAUCCUAAUAAAGAGCAUGUGAUCCACCAGGAAGGAGUCAGCAAUGAUAUUGGUGACAACAAUAAGAAGGAUAACUCAACAGAAGUAACCAGCAUCAGAAGAGAUGACUCGGUACCGCAGCCAAAGGACAAAGAUAACAGCAUAACAAAGCCUUCACAAGCACGAGAUUUCUUGGAAGAUCCUCUUAUCAAGGAGUGUGAUCCAUCACAUAGAUGUAUCAUUGAAAAUAAGAAAUUCAUCGCCUGCUUGAAAGUUUCUGGAGAAGACUCAUCAGCUCUAUCACUUCUGAUGGACAACAGAGGCAUAAACCCACUUGAUGUUAGCAUCACGGCCACAGAUUAUGUCACUUUAGCUGAAGAUGCCAUCCAUGUUGAAGCAAAUGAUCACAAUGAGGUGAGAGUUUCUGUUAGUGAUGAUGCAAACAAGGCGACAAUAGUCCUCAAAGUUGCAGAAAACUCCUGUAACAUUAGCAUUCACAAUGCAAUCACAAGGGAGACUGGCAGAGUUAUUCGGAUGCCACUUACAUCAACAUACACGCUGCUGCCUAUCUUUCUUCUCCUUGCUGUGGUGGGAGUGUGCAUCAUGCUUCGGAGGACACGCAAGCAAGAUGGCGAACCUGCAUAUCAGAAGCUAGACAUGUCAGACUUACCGGUUUCGGUUGGAGGCAAGAAAGAACCUGAUCAUCAGUCUGAUAAGUGGGACGACAACUGGGGAGAUGACUGGGACGAUGAGGAAGCUCCGAUGACACCAUCCAAACCUCUGCCCAACCCUUCGUCCAAAGGUCUCGCUCCGAGGAGAUCGACAAAAGAUGGCUGGAAAGACUAG